AGAUCUCUCUCCCGUGGGAAGUGGGGAGGACGAGUGGCCGGUGAGCGCACCUCGCGAAGGAGCGGCUACCGGUGCGGCCGCGUCGGAUGCUUUUAAUUCCCGAUCUCUUUCCCCAUUCGCUUCCCAGCGCCGAUGUGUUCUCCAUUUCCUCUUCCACCGAUCCACUGUAGCAUGAAAAACAUGUCACUCUCCUUCACCCAAUCAUAGCUGGUGCUUUUGGCCGUAUAUUGUGGACCCCAGGAUGGUAUCGUAUUAUGAGUGGUGAGUUCUUGCUGUCGCGCGUUGUGCGUGGCCUGCUGGAUCCGUACCCGCCACGAUCAUAGGAUAUUUCUUCCUCCCCGCUCGAGUUGCCGUGGCCACCGGUUUCAUCCCCACUCGACCAAAAAUCUCAUUUUGCCUCCUCCCUCACUCCUCUCUCUCUCCCUCUCCCUCUCCCUCUCUCUCUGUUGCACGAUGGAGGUGGGGGUGAGGAGUGAUCGGGACGAGGGGGCGCCAACGGCUACGGCGGAUGCGAGGGACAGCGGGGGAGGAUCGCGCGACGCUGACGAUGCGGUGCGGACAGGGGAGAGCGCUGCGGUCGGUGCCGGCCCGAGAUCCGAACUGCAGGUGGUUCGGUGGGAGAGGUUCCUCCCCCGGAGAUCACUCCGCAUCCUCGUCGUUGAGCACGACGACUCCACCCGGCACAUCGUCAUGGUGCUCCUCCGGAAAUGCAGCUACAACGUUGUGGCGGUCGCGGACGGGCUCAAGGCGUGGGAAGUCUUGAAGGAGAAGCGCUACAACUUCGAUCUCGUGCUCACGGAGGUGGACAUACCUUCGCUUUCCGGGAUUGGGUUGCUCUCCAAAAUUAUGGCUGCCGAGCAGUGCAAAAACAUUCCUGUGAUCAUGAUGUCCUCCCGAGAUUCUAUCAGUGUUGUGCACAAGUGCAUGCUAAAUGGUGCUGUAGAUUUUCUUGUGAAACCAGUAAGGAAGAAUGAGUUGCGGAACUUAUGGCAGCAUGUUUGGAGGAGGCGUUGGUCAAGUAGGAGCACAGCUGCCUCGGACAACAUUGCUGCUAUCAAUCAUGUGAGUGUGAAUUCUGGGAAUGGAUCCAAGACUGGGGAAAACAGUGAUAGGGGUGAUGCUCAGCAGAUUUCCGGUAGUAAGCCAGAGAUGGAAAACAAAAGUGUCCAGAAGAACAUGCCAAAAGCAGAGGAUCCUGGUAAUGGCACCGAAAUUAUCACAAAUCAAUCAAAGAAUUAUGAUGAUCAUGAAACCAGAGAUGAAGCUUCUGAACCGAAGGCCCAGGUCAAUCAGUCAAUUCAAGAGGCUUUAUUGCUGGGGCAUAAGGAGGAUAAAAUUUUUUUGUAUAAUACAUCCAUGUCUAGGGAGGAAGAACUGGCAUUUCUGAGACUCAAAAACCGUGAGGACAUUGAACCAAAGCCAUACUGUCAACCUGAUGCUACAACAGAUAUUUUGCAGAAUGUCAUAAACUUCAUUGAACCAAGAGCUAGCCGAAGAUGUAUGUCUGCAGCCUUGGGAAAGGUUUCAUUUAGGGAUGAUGUCCUGUGUGAAACCCCAACAUCUUCUCAUGGAAAGAGUACAUAUGAAUUUGGUUCCUCCCAGCUACAUGAGCUUUCUUUGAGAAGACCACAAAUUAAUGGCUGUGUAAGUCUGGAGUUCAAGGAAAAGCAUGUCCUGAACCAUUCUAAUGCCUCUGCUUUUUCAAGGUAUGGUGACAAAAAGAUGCAUCAUUCUUCUCAAAAGCCAGUUUCUUCUUUAUUCAUUCACACCAAAGAAUCCAUCGAUAAACCUCAGCUGCAUGUCAGUACAAAUAGCUCCUUUAAUGAGAAAAGUCAUUCCUCUUAUUCAAAAGAAAUGGUUCUAUCUGAUCGGGGUAAAGCAAUUGAAGCUGCCAUUUAUCUUGAUGUUUCUUCUGAUAUCAAUAAGGAGGAUGGUACCAUUUUUCCUUCUCAUCCUGUGCGAGAGAAUGCUUCGGUUGGUCAUUCCUCUGAUGGGGCUAAUUCCUUUUUUUGGCAACCCCAGUCUGGCAUUUUGUCAGUGCCAGUUUCUGUUGGAGAGAUUCCUUACCAAAGCAUGUGUGCAGGAUAUCAUACCAUCCUGCAACCAAUGUUCUACCCUGAAACCUCUCAACCACAAAAUUUGUCUGCCUCAGAGGAUCCAGGAGCAACCUCUUGCACUCCUUUGAAAAAAUCCAAUCAGACUGCCAGCUCUAACCAGGAUAUUUACAAGGUUUGUGGAAAAAGUGAUUGUGACAAGACUACAGAAGCUGCUGCAAAUGCAGUCAAUUCGUUAGAAAAUUGGAAUGACAUAUUCAUCCAGAACUCUGGCAGAGAAGGGUUGGAUUGUGAUCGUGCUCGUCGAGAGGCUGCAUUAAUAAAAUUCCGCUUGAAAAGAAAAGACAGAUGCUUUGAGAAAAAGGUUAGAUACCACAGUAGGAAGACGCUAGCAGAACAGCGGCUGAGGAUAAAAGGGCAAUUUGUGCGUAAAAAAGCAACUAAUUCGGCAACUGUGACACAAUCAGAAGACUAACUCGAGUGACUUACGAUAAAUUUUCCUUGAAACUUGAUGUCCUGUCAAGUAAUUACGAGGUAAAUUUGACAUCGGGUGUUCUCUUUUAUCGAUGUCCUCAAUUACCCUGCACGGUUCUCGUCCAUGUUGUUAGCUUGUAAUCUGAAGGAGAUAGGUGAGACAAUAUUUUCACAGGUUCUCAUACUAAAGAUGGGAGUAGCACAGUUAUAGCCCCACAUCUACACUGCUUGGAAAUUGUCAUCUGUUUGUAGACCCUCCUUGCAACAAGGUCUGGAAUUGCUGAUCACUCUGGAAAUUAAUACUUACUAUGGUCAGAUGGUCCGACAUUCUUGAAUUACCAUCUUGCAGCAAAUACAGAACUGAUGAUUUAACUCGUUCAAAGCUGACCACCACAGAAUAAAACAGCAGGUAAUGUUUAUGUUCAUAUUAGGUUCUGAAGUGCUCAUCAAUUUGCAGUGUGAUACUUAUCCUCUUCUUUCAUGCAUCGUCUUGCCACGACCAAAUCCAGUGAGCUCGAAUGGCAUUGCUGAUCCUAAGCGUUGGAUAUUAUAUCUUGUUGAAUUCCCAUCCGGAAGAUUCCUGUUUAUAUCUUGCCCUUUUUAGGUGUAUUUGUACUUUUGUGAUCAGAGAUGAGAAACACUCUUUUUGA